ACGGAAGCCCGAUUGCACAGGGAGAACAAGCUAGCACAAUGGCGGCGGGGCCUGGUGUAGCUAUGCAGGGCAGUCCCGCAACAGAACUUUCCCUCUCGGUGCCGCAAGGUGCGACCCAGUCUCAUUCGGACCGGGUAAAAACCGAAGAGGUGACAGAAGCUGAAAAGCAGAGUCGCAUGGCCGCCUUGCUGGAGAGGCUUCACGCCAAACAUAACGCCACCCGUCCGUGGCAGGAGACCUCUAAAGUUGUGCGUCAGGCUAUGGAGAAACGUGGUAUGAUGAACGCUGCUGGCCACCAGUUGCUGCUCACUUGUUUGGAGACCCUGCAGAGGGCACUUAAAGUCUCAUCUUUACCCUCCAUGACAGAUCGUUUAGAGUCCAUAGCGAGACAAAACAUGCUUGGCUCCCACCUGAGCCCAUCCGGAACCGAGUGCUACAUCACCUCAGAUAUGUUUUACGUGGAGGUGCAGCUUGACAGCGGGGGUCAGCUUGUGGACGUCAAAGUGGCUCAUCAGGGCGAAAACCCCACGAGCUGUCCCGAGUUGAUUCAACAUUUGAGGGAGAAGAACUUUGAGGAGUUUUCCAAACAUCUAAAAGGACUUGUUGACUUAUACAAGCUCCCUGGAGACAAUAAAUUAAAAACCAAGAUGUAUAUCGCACUGCAGUCUCUCGAACUUGAUCUCACCAAGAUGAUGCACAUGUUCCGGUUAGCAACUAAUGCUAAUACAGUGGAGACAAUUCUACAUGGCAGUGUUGGCCUGCUGACAGCCAGGAGUGGCGGUCAUCUUGUUUCUCUUCAGUGUUACGUCUCCCCGUAUGACGUUUUCGAGGAGGGAAUGGGCGUCCACCUUAACCUGACAGAUGCCAAUAUGCCACGCUCACUGGGUGUCAGCGUCUCGGUCACCAUCGAGGGGACCGCCAACACCUGCAAGCUCCCCAUUGCACCACUCAUCACCGGCUCACACCCGGUGGAUAGCAAAGGAACCCCUUCCUUUUCCACGGUGACCAACUCCAACUGUGUGGACCUGCCUGCCUGUUUCUUCCUCAAGAUGAACCACCCCAUGCCUUUCUCCCUGUCCUUCAUUCAACGACUAGGCAAUGCUACAGGUAUUCCUAUAUUUGAGAGCACACCCAGUUUGUCUACCCUCUACCAGCUAAUAGUCCAGAGCCAGCUACAGCCAACGGAGGAGGGCGGAACCACGCUGCCACCCUCACACAACAUGCACUUCUACUCAGUGUUACCAGACCAGCAGCAUUGUUACUUCCUGAACGGCGACGCCCCGGUGCAGGACGGUCAUUCUCUCCAAGGCGCCUUGGUAACCAAGAUCCCAUUUCGCCACCCGGCUCAGGUGCCCCUCUUGCUGGACAUCAUUCGGCACCAGGCGGCCUACAACACCUUGAUUGGCAGCUGCGUGAAGCGGACGUCUAUCAAAGAAGACAACAUUGGCUUGCUGCAGUUUGAGGUCUGUCCUCUGACCGACUCCAGUUUCAGCGUCUCUUUUCAACAUCCUGUCAAUGAGUCAUUAGUUUGCGUGGUAAUGGAUGUGAUAGACUCCAGACAAGUGUCCUGCAAACUAUAUAAAGGACUGUCAGAUGCUUUGAUCUGUACUGAUGACUUCAUUACCAAGGUGGUCCAAAGAUGCAUGUCCAUCCCUGUGACGAUGCGGGCCAUCCGCCGGAAAGCUGAGACCAUCCAGGCAGACACUCCUGCACUCUCUUUGAUAGCACAGACCGUGGAGACCAUGGUGAAGAAUAACCCACCACCAUCCGGCAGUCCCACCUACAACAUGGCGAGCGGGGAGGUAGCAAACCCGAUUGGACUGCUGGGACUCACGGGCGGCAGCACACCCACAGGACCCCCCGGUGGGUCCGGUUUUGCUGGUCCAAUCACGUCUCUUUUGGGGAUGUCUCGCAAUGAACGCCAAGGCCAAGGAGCGGAGUGCCAAGCUCAAGGUGGGAUGACCGGGCAGCAGCAGCAGUUGGGUCAGCAGCAGCAGCAGCAAGGUCAAGGUCAUUCGGACGACUACAGCAAAGUCACGCAAAAUCCGAUCCUGACCAGUCUUCUCCAGAUAACGGGGAGUGUCGGUUCCAGUCCCAACUCCCAGAACGCACCCCAGCCCCACCAGACGCCGCCGCCAACGUCGUCGCCUGCCAGCAACACCAAGAACCAUCCCAUGCUGAUGAACUUGUUGAAGGACAACCCCUCACAGGACUUUGCCGCGCUUUACGGCUCCAGUCCAUUAGAGAGACAGAAUUCGUCGUCUGGGUCACCUCGUACCGACAGCAUGGGGGGGGCUUGCCCCGGAGGUGGCACAAAAGGCAAAAAGAAGCGUCCUCGAGUCGGAGAAAAAGGUAGCGGGAUACCUGGGACUCCUGCCGCAGGGGGACCAGCAGGCCCUAUCGGCAUGAAGCCCCAACAGGGGUCCUCCAUGUCGCAGCACCAUCCACACCACGCAGUCACGCACGAGGACGACUUCCACCGCGAGCUCCUCUCCAUGGACGUCGACGCGUCCCAGAACUCCAUCUUUGACGUCAACCUGGCGGGCGACGGCUUGGACACGCCCCACAGCAUCACACCAGCCCCAAGCCAAUGCGGAACGCCGCCGUCCGGGCCCAGCAUGCCUUACCCGCCGUCUCACGUCCAACCUCAGCAACAGCUGCCCCCGGGCGCCGUACCGCCCCGCAUAGUACGCCUCUCCAGCUCUGAUAGCAUCGGACCGGAUAUUACGGAAAUUUUGUCCGAUUUGCCAGAACAAACCGGCAAAGCCAGCAGCGGAACCCAUAGUCAGCAUCCCAUGGGCGGCGCUGUGGAUGACGGGGGCCCGCUGGGAACACCCAUUCGGGACUCUUCCAGUUCAGGCCAGGGCAGCGCCGUGUUUGACUCGGUCGACAUCUUCAACACCAACAGCAACGAGAACCCUUUCACAGAUGCCGCCGACCUCAUUGCGGAGGCGGCUGCCACCCCCACUAGCGAUUCCUCCUCCACUAACUUCUUCACCGAUGCUGCGGACUUCAACCCUGACCUGCUGAGCUCGGGCCACGGCUGCUUUGAGGACAGCUCACCGAGCGCCGACGGCGACAUGGAGCUGGUGAAGGGCUUUGGCGGGAGCAGUCAGCAGAACACGCCGUCGGGUACACCCCAGAACCCCACACCGCAUGGGCAGAACACUCCGGAACCUUCACUCAAAGACCCGUUUGAUAUGGGGAUGUUUUUUGUCGGCAACAGCGGCUCUGGUAAACCCCUUUUGGGACAGGCGCCUGAUCUGGGAGACACUCACGUGGGCGGCUCCCAGAGCCCCCUUAUGAUGGGCUUGGGACCGGUUUGUGCUGAUUUUAAAAGCACAGAGUCCAAAGUCAAACAGCAAAGCCUCAUGCGCCAAAAGGACGAGAACGGAGGCAACGGGAGUAGCAACUCCGGAAUGGGAAGCAUGUCAACUGAGGGCAAACAGGUCAAACGUAGUCGGACUCCAUCCAGUGAGGGCAAGUCCAAAGAUAAGCCCCCGAAGCGUAAAAAGCUGGACCCGGACGGGAAGUCUCCUUCUCACAGCUCAGGGGGACGCCCGUACACGCCUCCCAGCGGCGGCUCCGGCUCCGGCGGGAGCCUCAGCGGCGGAGGUUCCAAGUCUCCGGGGAGUUCCGGAUGCUCGCAGACCCCACCCGGCGGCGCCACGCCACCCAUUCCCAAAAUCACAAUUCAACUUCCGAAAGGGACAAUAACCGGCGGGAAAAGCUCCCACAGCAGCUACACGUCCAGCAGCUCCGCCUCAAGCGGAACGGGAGGAGGAGGCGGGACAAGUAGCAGCAAAAGCCACCAUUCCCAUUCUUCUUCCGGGAAGAUCAAGUCCAAGGAAGGCUCCAUAGCGCAAGGAAACAGCUCCAAGUCGACAAGUUCAUCGGGGAUUAGCGUGGGACCGUCACAGUCGAAAGGUUCCUCUCAGGGAAUGGGCGUCGGCAAACCGGGAUCUUCCCCAAUCACCAAACACGGGCUCUCCGGCGCAGGAAGCGGCGGAGGCGGGAUUGGGAGCGGCAACAAGAUAAAAACACAAGGUGGGAAGCCGCCGGGGUCGCUUAUGAAUCCGAGCAUAAAGCCGAACAUCUCGCCUUCUCAUUCCCGCUCCGGUAGCUCCGGGGAGAAGUUGUCUUCCCCGAUGAAGAUUCAACAGUCCCAAGUCCCGGGGACACCGCCUUCCUCCAAGGCCAAGUCACCAAUGGGUUCAGGGGGAGGCGGCUCUGGUGGAUCCAAGUCCUCUUCCAGCGGAGGUAUGAGUUCCCAGAAGCCAAUGACCUCCUCGGCUUCCGCAUCUUCUUCGUCAUCGUCGUCCAACUCGUCCUCGUCAUCUUCAUCUGCUUCCAUGGGCUUCUCCGGAAGUUCGCAGUCUCAAUACGGGGGCGGAGGAAGUGGAGGCGGUGGGGGAGGAGGAGGGAGCGGAAGUGGUGGAGGUGGGAGCGGCGGAGGAGGAAGCAGCAGCGGCGGCGGCGGCGGCGGUUCGGGCCAGAACAACGCAAACAACCCAAACGCCAAGGGAAAGUCUCCAAGUCGCAACAAGAAGCCGUCUCUCACAGCUGUCAUCGACAAACUGAAGAGUGUGGGCAGCGGAGGCGUGGGGGAGGACGGCUGCGAAGUCGGACCACCCGGGGGCGGCGCUGGUUUCGGUCCCCCAGCCGGCGGCGCUCCCGGAAACGUCCCCAGCAUCGGCGCUUCAAACAUGGGUUCCUCCAAGCAUGCCACGUCCUCGCAGAGCGGCGACUACAAGCGGGAAAAAUCCGAUAAAGAAGGAAAAGCGAAAGUGUCUGUUACUGGGGGGAGCAGCGGGGAUAAAAAAAUGAUGGACCCUAAAACGGGCGCGGUGGGCGGGACCGGCCUGGCCAAGAUCAUCAUCAGCAAACCGGACGGCGGCUCGCCGAGCAUCAAGGCCAAAGUGACCCUGCAGAAAGGAAGCGAAGGCCCCGGCGACUCCUUGCGGCCGCAGAUCUCCAGCCUCAAAGCGUCCCCCCUUUUCAGCGGCUCCACCCCCAAGCAUGACCGCUCGUCGCCCAGCCACAGCCGCUCGCCGGGACACACCCCGCUCAACCACGACAGCGAGAGCGAGUCGGGCAGCAGCUCGGUGGCCGAGAAGUCCCACCAGAACAGCCCGAGCUCCGACGACGACCAAACGGUGCGACCGCUCCCGGCCCAGGACUACAUGACCUCCAUGCCGCUCAGCUCGGGGGAGAAACACAAGAAACACAAAAAGGAGAAGAAGAAGCAGAAGGAGAAGGAACGGGAGCGGGAUCGGGAACGGGACAAAGAGAAGAAGAAGUCCUCCAUGUCGGUGGGGAUGUCCUCGCAUCCGAUGAAAGCGGACAGCUGGUCCCGGUCGCCCAUCUCCGCCUCGGAGACCUCGUUGUCCAUGCUCGGCGCCGAGCGCACGUCCCGAUCCAGUCCCAUAUACAUGAGAAACGAAGACGACGACCUCAUGGACUCGGCUCUCACCGGAAACCUCUAAAGUGUUUUUUUA